UAUUACAGACAAAUUAAACGAUUUAAAAGUUGCAUUAAAUAUGUACUACUACUACUACUACUAUAUGUUUUUAUCUUUAGAAUAUUUAUUAUUUAAUUAAUGAAUUUUAUCAUUUUAACUACUAGCUAGAAUUGGCCCCUGAUAUGAUCUUGCUAGCUAGUAUACUCCCUCUUCCAUUCUUGCUUUUAAAAGUUUUUUUAUUGAGAAUUAUAAUAUUAAUCUUUAAAUUCGUGCAAUUUUUAAUUUUCCAACCUAAUUUGAAUAAGUAAGAAGCCCAGUAAAUAAAGAGCACAAAUCUACCCCUCCUUUUUACCGCCGCCCGCCUCCUCCUCCUCCUCCGUCGCCGCGUUUGUGAAGAAGUGGGCUAAAUCUCGUUUUUCAACUCAACUCAAGUUGCAUGGAACAAUAUUUGUGAAGUCUAUUGAUGCAACAUGCUUUGUGAAGACGGAGAAAAAAUUAUUUAAGCUGCUUGAUUCGCUUGUAGAUGAGAUUGGCGAAGAACAUGUUGUGCGGGUAGUAACGGACAAUGGGAGUAAUUAUGUAGCAGUCGGGAAGAUGUUGAUGGUAAAGAGAAAGCAUCUUUAUUGGUCUCCUUUGAUUAAAGAAACAAUUCAAAAGGGUAUAAGUCUUGUUGGCUAUAUUUAUAGCCACACUUUUACCUUAAAUUUGUUGGAAACUUUCACAAACAAGAAGGAAUUGAUGAGGCCAGCUGUCACUCGGUUUGCUACAUCAUUUCUAACAUUAGAAAGGAUUCAUGAGGAAAAAGACAAUCUUAGGAGAAUGUUUACUAGCAUUGAGUGGGUGCAAAAUACGCUAUCGAAGGAUGCUAAGGGGAAGGAAGUAGCCGAGAUUGUUAUUAUGACUCUUUUUUGGGAGAAUGUGGUAUGCAUUCUCAAAGUCAUGGAACCCCUUGUACGAGUUCUUCGAUUGGUGGUUGGUGAAAAGAAAUUAGCAAUGGGCUACAUAUAUGAGUCAAUGGAGAAAGCAAAAGAAACAAUCAGAGGAUCUUUUGAAAAGAAUGAACAAAGAUAUAGAGAUAUUUUUAAGAUCAUCGAUGAUAGAUGGAAUUGUCAACUCCAUAGUCCAUUGCAUGAGGCUGGUCACAUUUUGAAAACGGCCAUCUACUAUGAUAACAAGGGAUUGGAAUUUGAUUUCAAGGUAACUAAAGGGUUACAUGAUUGCAUCGAUAGAUUGGUACCAAACAAAGAAGAUCGGAACAAGAUACUUCGAGAGUUGAGUAUUUACAAAAAUGGUGAAGACAUGUUUGGUAUUGAAAUUGCACAGCGACAGCGACAAAGAAAUGGCCUAGCUCCAGCUCUAUGGUGGGAAUUGUUUGGCCUCUCAGCUCCAACUUUGCAACAACUUGCUAUCAAGAUCUUAGGCUCAACAUGUAGUGCUUUUGGGUGUGAGAUCAGACUGUAUUUGAGAAGCUUCAUUCAAAAAAGAGAAACAGUCUCGAGCAUCAGAAGAUGCAUGAUUCGGUUUAUGUGAAAUAUAACCAAAAAUUGCAUGAGGUACAACCACAUAGAUACAAUCGAUCCUAUUAUGCUCAAUGACGUUGAUGAGUGGUUAGUUGGAGAGAUGGAAGAUGUGGAUGGUGUUGGUCGUGAUUUGGUUUUGAAUGAAGAUUCACUUGAUUGGGAUACUGUCAACAACGCUUUGGGAGUCGGAGAGCCUAGAACACAUACUAGGUCUAAAAAAAGAAAAGAAUCUCCUACAUUAUCCAGUUGUGUUAGAGGUUCUAAAAAGGACACAAUAGCUGCAUCCACAUCUAGAAAAGAGGUUCUAAAAUGGACACAAGAGCUGCAUCCACAUCUAGAAAAGGGAAAUGCAAGUUGGCAAUGGUGGUUGAAGAGAGAGAGCUCGUAGAUGUAGAAUCAGAAGAUAAAGAAUCUGAGCAAGAACAUGUUGGAAAUAUUGAUGUGCCCAACUGCGAUGAGGAAGAAGGAUCUACUUCAUUGGAUGCUAAUGACGAUGUGGAUGAGGAUGACUAUGUUGGGGAGGAUUAUAGUGGAGACGAACUAUAUGUCGUGUGAUAUCUUUACAUUUUAAUUGUCGAGCUAAGACUUUAAUUAUUAGACAUAUUAUAUACUCCAUCUGUCCCAUUAAAAAA